GAUAUUGACUCAAUCUCAAUAAAAAUUGAAAACAUUCUCUGAAAUAUUCUUAAUAUUUUUGUUAAUUCGGUUCAGAGUAGAUCAUAGAUUAUACAACUUUAAAAUGAGUUCUAAAUUGUGGUUUAUUUUGGGACUAGUGCAUUUAUCUUCUGAAAUAGAAAUCAAUAUAACAAAGUUCGACAACUGUUUCGAGGAGCUUCCCAUAGGUGAUGAAUGGCCAAUUGAAAUUCGAGAAGUUCAUUAUGAUUUUAACGAAAAUGGAUACAUUGAUCACAUUCAUGGAACUUAUUUAGUCCGAUCGAUUGAUACACGUGAUAAAGAGCUUACAAUAACGGUUUAUAAAUGUCCAUUCGAUGAACCACCUCCAUGUGAACAUAAGAUCGAGCACAUCAUAACCGAGCUGCAUUGUGAGAAAUUCCGAAAUGAUAAUUCUGGAAUAUGGCAUAUGGUUUCUCAAGCAAUGAGUGGUUCGACUUGUGGCCAUGAAACGGGCAUUUUUGACUUCGAUCUGCCACGAAUAAGAAACGGAUACUUUGCGAAGUAUUUAGGUAGUGGAGAAAUUAACUCACGCUACAGGAUGAUGCUUUUGUUCCACAAAAAAGACGACGAAUCUACAGACCGACGAGCUUGUGCCGAGAUUCAAUUUGAUGUUUUCAAUUGAAAGUUUCGACAACUUUUGUAAUUUUGUUUUGGGGUUUGGUGAAGGUACUAAAAGCAAAUACAUUAAAAAUGUGAUGUAAACUAAAAAA